AUGGCAACUCGAUGGGGGCUGUGUGGGGCAGGGAAGAUCAGCCAUGACUUCAGUGUGGCGAUGAAGACACUGCCUCCAGGAGACCAUCAGAUAGCAGUUGUGGCCUCAAGAAGCUUAGAGCGUGCCCAAGAAUUUGCAAAGAAACAUAGCAUUCCGAAAGCUUAUGGCAGCUACGAGGAGUUGGCCAGUGAUCCAGAUAUCGUGCACGCCGAGGUGCGCAAGCUGCUGGCGGAGGAGGCGGUGGGAGAGGUGAAGAUGGUCAAGGCGUACUUUGGCUCUCCUCAGCUGCACAUUCCCCGCUCCGUGGAGAAGGAGUUAGGAGGAGGGGCUCUGCUGGACAUCGGAGUGUACUGUCUGCAGUUUGUGCUCAUGGUGUUCAGAGGAGAAAGGCCACUGUCCAUCCAGGCCAGCGGCGUUCUGUUAGACUCAGGAGUGGAUGAAUCCGUGGUUGUGGCAUUGAAGUUUUCCAGGAACAGAAUGGCCUUCUGUGCCUUUUCAAUUUCUGCCCGUCUUCCAAAUGACGCUGUUAUCUGUGGAACUGAGGGCUCCAUUAAAGUCCUUGGGCCAAUGCACUGUCCAACCACACUGGUGGUUAAUGACAAACAGGCUGAAUAUCCUCUGCCCGAGCCCUGUAUGCCCGUGAAUUUCACCAACAGCACAGGACUGCGCUAUGAGGCCCAAGAAGUUAGACAGUGUCUUCUUAAAGGACUGAAAGAGAGCCCUCUGAUGCCGCUGUCAGAGUCUGUUCUGCUGACCGAGAUCAUGGAUGAAAUCAGGAAGCAGGUGGGAGUCGUCUUCAGCCAGGACAACCAAUGA